AGUGGUUCAGUCCUCUCUCCAGCUGAUCGGCCCAGGAAUCCCCGGUGGUUUCCGUCAUCGGCUUUGACGGCUCCGAUGUUUCACUCUCUCUUUAGGCUGUUUUAAUCCUCUGGACUUUGUGGCCGCCCGUGUCGGCAAACUGCUCCUCGGCUGGUGCGUUUUGGAGAAACUAAGGAAACUCUUCGCAUCUUGUCCGAACGCGGCGACUUAAAGGCCCUAUUUUCCAUCCCCGGAUUCACCUGCUGCUACACGGAGAGCCUCAACACGGAAGACCGUCAUGGGGGACACGGGGAGCGAGGGCAGCAAGCCCCCGAGUAACGUCAACGUCGUACCCCCGCGUUGUCCGUGCGGCUUCUGGGGGUCGAGCAAAACUAUGAAUUUGUGCUCCAAAUGUUUUGCAGACAUCCACAAGGAACAGCCAGAUGGUGCCUCAAAAACUUCUUCAAGCUCCAGCACGAGCAGCAGUAGCAGCAGUCAAACAGACGUCUUCUGCAACGAAACAAACACAAACAUUAGUCAAGCUUUCAUAUCGAUGUCGGACACUUCAGAAGAUCAUAUGUCUGGAGACACAGCGAUGACCUCUCUACCUGCUCAGGACGAAGUAUGCAGCACAGACACAGCCUUAAGCUCGCUCUCCACUCCAACAAAGCGCCCCUUUGAAUCAGCCUCUGAGUCAGAAAGUGACAGUUCCCCCGAGAAGCGAGCAAGAGUGGCUGAAGUGCCGGGGGCUGAGGAGUCCUCUUCAUCAUCAUUGUCGUCGUCAUCUUCUUGUUCCGCGUCGUCAUCGUCAUCCUUGGCAUCGUUGUCUCGUGGCGGCUCCAAACAGCGGAGCCGCAAACGUUGCCAUCGCUGCCAAACCAAACUGGAGCUGGUACAACAAGAGCUGGGCUCCUGUCGCUGUGGUUAUGUCUUUUGUAUGCUUCAUCGACUCCCGGAGCAACACGACUGUCUGUUUGAUCACCUGGGCCGUGGCCGCCAGGAGGCCGUCCUCAAAAUGGUCAAGCUGGACCGCAAGGUGGGCCGCUCCUGCCAGCGCAUCGGCGAAGAAUGCUCCUGAGCGCCCCCUGCCUCUCAGGAGAAUCCCGACACAUUAACCCGAGCAGGGAUGUUUUCUUUCCUCCUUUUGUACAGCGUUUCAUUGACAAGGAUGCCUGCCUGCUCUCUUUAAAUCCCAUUUGUCCCAGACUCUUUGUGCUUCUGUUGGCUUGAUUGUAUCCCUGCUGCUAACACGCUUUUGGAAUACCCCAGUCCACAAACGAGAGACCCGGAGAGAGCAAGAAGGACUUUGGCACUUCCUUAGACUUCGCACGUGUGAGUGGACUAACAAAUGAGCGAACGGAUGGAGAGGACGUGCAAGCUUUAUACAAAUAUUUGUCCAGGAAGCCAGUCAAAGAUGAUACCUCAAGUUAAAAAAAAAAAAAAAAAAAAAAUCUUUAUGACAAUGAUGAUGAAGAGGAGGAGGAUGAGGCCAUCGUUUUUUUUAGCCUCGUUACCUCAAGAUAAUACCCAUCCAGAUUCAGAAGCGAGACACACAAACAUACCACUUGGAGUCAGUGUCUUAACCUGUGAUGAUCUUCACCAACUUGUUCAUUAUUCACCUCAGGAUUCAGAAGCACUAUCUGGAAGUUUCCGCCCUCUAUUUUUUUUUCCCAUCCAGGAAGUAUUCACUGAGGAUAAACAAGAACGGAUCAACAUUGGAUUUUUUGACUGACACAAAACAAAUAAAAAUAUGAGGAGAUACAUGUUUUUCAUUAAAGUUAUCGUCGCUGUCUACUAAAAAUAUACAGUAAACCCCCUAUAAUUAGAGACCACCGCGGACAUCCAUUAAACACAAAUGUAGCUCCGGUAUUGCUCCGUUGGUAGAGUGGCCGUGCCAGCAACCUUAGGGUUCCAGGUUCAAUCCCCACUUCUUCCGCCGUAGUCAUUGCCAUUGUGUCUUUGGGCAAGACACUUUAUCCACCUGCUCCCAGUGCCACCCACACUGGUUUAAAAAUGUAACUUAGAUAUUGGGUGCCCAAAUGUAAAGCGCUUUGAGUCACUAGACAAAAGCGCUAGAUAAAUAUAAUUCACUUCACUUCACUUGAUUUAAGCUACGAACCCUCUGCUACCUUGAUGUUAACAUUCUCUGAUUUUGGAUCAACAUUUGCAAUAAAAGUGGCUGUUGUAAUUAUUACAGAGAUUCCGCAGGUCCUUAAAUAGUGUUUAAAGUCAAUAAAUAGAUUUUGCGAAAAUUAAUGUCUUAGAACAUCAAAAAACACGAUGUCUCGAGGCAUUAAAAACAAUCAUACAAUUACAAAUGCCAUCAAAAAAGACAACAAAACAAACCACCCGAUUGGGAAACAAGCUGCACUUCAUUAUGUUCAAUAUUUAUUGAAAUGCUAAUUUUUGCUAACAUUUAGAGCUCAUUUAAUUUAAUUUUGUUUACUUAUUUAGGAUAACUAAGUUAUUUACGUUCCAACUACAUAAAAUGUAUGUUUAUUGCGUUCGAAAGGGUUACUUGCUUUAUUACGUUAGUGCUUAAGUUGGCCACAGUCAAUCAACUUUUCAGCAUGAUAGUCAAAUGCUUACAAUUUUGUCUUUACAGACAAUUGUAAGCUUUUGACUCUAUGAUAACGAUCUGCAGUCAGACAUCGUGGGAAUUGAAAUUGAUUUAAAUUGCAUUAAAACAUAUUAAAGUAGAUUGUUGAUUCCUGCAGAAACCCUAUUAGUUUCAGCUCCAAAAUUGUUGCUGCUCCUUCAAUUGCCAUUGUUCCCUGGUGACAAAGGACAGAAGCACAAUUCAGACUUUAAAGGGGAACAUUAUCACAAUUUCAGAAGGGUUAAAACCAUUAAAAAUCAGUUCCCAGUGGCUUAUUUUAUUUUUCGAAGUUUUUUUUCAAACUUUUACCCAUCACGCAAUAUCCCUAAAAAAAGCUUCAAAGUGCCUGAUUUUAACCAUCGUUGUAUACACCCGUCCAUUUUCCUGUGACGUCACACAGUGAUGCCAAUACAAACAAACAUGGCGCAUAGAACAGCAAGCUAUAGCGACAUUAGCUCGGAUUCAGACUCGGAUUUCAGCGGCUUAAGCGAUUCGACAGAUUACGCAUGUAUUGAAACGGAUGGUUGGAGUGUGGAGGCAGGUAGCGAAAACGAAAUUGAAGAAGAAACUGAAGCUAUUGAGCCAUAUCGGUUUGAACCGUAUGCAAGCGAAACCGACGAAAACGACACGACAGCCAGCGACACGGGAGAAAGCGAGGACGAAUUCGGCGAUCGCCUUCUAACCAACGAUUGGUAUGUGUUUGUUUGGCAUUAAAGGAAACUAACAAUUAUGAACUAGGUUUACAGCAUAUGAAAUACAUUUGGCAACAACAUGCACUUUGAGAGUGCAGACAGCCCAAUUUUCAUCAAUUAAUAUAUUCUGUAGACAUACCCUCAUCCGCGCUCUUUUCCUGGAAGCUGAUCUGUCCAGUUUUGGAGUUGAUGUCAGCAGGCCAGGGAAGCUAGGGUCGAUAGGGGGUUUAGCUCGCUGGUCUGCGAGAACAAACUGCCGUCAUUGCUUGCUGUGCUACCGAGGUCCUUUGUCCCUGAAUUGCUCACACACUCCGGCAGAUUCAAUGGGGGUCUGGCGGCAGAUUUCUUUGACUUUAUCGUUGGAAAUGCAUCUGCUUUGAGUGUCGCAGGAUAUCUACACAUUCUUGCCAUCUCUGUCGUAGCAUAGCUUUCGUCGGUAAAGUGUGCGGAACAAACGUCCAAUUUCUUGCCACUUUCGCAUCUUUGGGCCACUGGUGCAACUUGAAUCCGUCCCUGUUCGUGUUGUUACACCCUCCGACAACACACCGACGAGGCAUGAUGUCUCCAAGGCACGGAAAACAGUCGAAAAAAACGGAAAAUAACAGAGCUGAUUUGACUCGGUGUUUGAGAAAAUGGCGGAUUGCUUCCCGAUGUGACGUCACGUUGUGACGUCAUCCCUCCGAGAGCGAAUAUUAGAAAGGCGUUUCAUUCGCCAAAAUUCACCCAUUUAGAGUUCGGAAAUCGGUUAAAAAAAAAAAAGGUCUUUUUUCUGCAACAUCAAGGUAUAUAUUGACGCUUACAUAGGUCUGGUGAUAAUGUUCCCCUUUAAAUAUGCCUCACACUUAAUUUACCACAUUUUAAAAAGUAAAAUGUAUAGAUACUGUCUACUAAUUAAUGAUAAUAAAAGAUGAUCGAUGUUGCAGAUGAAAUUGGUGUCAGGGUCUAGCCUGUUGCCCAAUCGCCAGGCAGGCGCUACAACCGACCUUCUGUCGCCGUCUCCCUCUAAAGCGACUCGCGAUGGUACUGUAUUUAAUUUCAGUCAGAACUUUUGUCAUAUUUUUAAUCUAAGUUCCCCUCGCAGCAACAUUUAAAGAAACAGUUACAAAGUUGACUAUUGAAGCUGGUGCUUCUGUAGCCAUAGAGGGCGCCGCCAUCUUCCACUGACCUUGUUACAGCCCACAUGUAUGUUUAAUUAUCACAUAAUUAUAAUGUUCUGCCAACUUAGGGUGAAUCAGAUGUCUUCUGUAAAAAAAAAACUUUUUUUUUUUUUUAAACCAAAAAACAAAUCUGUGGGGAUACAAAUGCUGGAUCCCAAAUAUGCAAGGUUCCACUGUAUCUUCCAAUGUUUGAGUGUUUUAAAAAAACAA